AUGAAGCCGGUCGUAUCUGCGGCCAACGCCUGGAGCUGCUUUAUCAUUUCCAUCUUCGCCAUCAUCAUCUUAUCAAUCCUUGGCUCUCUGUUUAAAAACAACCACCAUUCAGUCACCGGGUCCACCAAAGACCCGGAGAACGGACCAGCAGUCGCAGCGUCGAUAUUCACAGCUGUAGCCGUUUACGCUGAAUCUUGCUCGCGCGAAAAUCUCCAAAAAACCAACCGCUAUCAUUCAGCGCGCAAGCUUAGCCAUGCUGCGCAUGCACUAACUGCGCGCCCCCCGUUUCUCUAUAGUUCUUCAUGGUAUUUUGCGGCAUACAAGCCUUCCUACACGUCCGAACGAGUCGAAGAGGCGCAAUAUCGUUGA